UAAACAAAACAAACCCGAGAGAGGAAGACGGCGUGGAUUGAGAAGAAAUGACAUUAAGUUUUCAUACAGACGAUUAAAUUUGGGAAUUACUUCCAUUUUUUCUAAUAAAUGGGUUGCUUAAAGACAACCGUCAACUGAGGAGGACAACUCAGCAAUACUGAUAAAUCCUUCAUAUUCAAAACAAGAAUUCCUUCUACUUUAGUUACUUUUGCUUUUUUUUAUCCUUAAAAUUUAAUUUUCAUCCAGAGAUUGACCAAAAGUGAGGAAGAUUAAAGACAUAAGGCUGCAUAAAAGUUUCCUUCAAGGAACUGAGAAUCUGUGCUUGGCAAUGCCUCAGCCCAGCAUUAGCGGUAUGGAACCUCCCUUUGGGGAUGCAUUUCAAAACUGCUCUUUUGCUGACCAGGCACUGACCAGUACAGACCUGUUGGCCAACAAUUCUGACCCAGAUUUCAUGUAUGAACUGGAUCGGGACAUGACUUGCCGCCAGAGCCCUAGAGGAGACAUUUUCACAGUAGGGGACUGCAAGGACAUGGACAUUAUGGAUCAUCUACCUGAGCUGGCGGACAACGACCCCGCUUAUAGCUCAAACUUUGAGCAGUGGGACACGUACUGGGAGGACUUGACGAAGUACACCCGCCUCACCAGUUGCGAUAUCUGGGGCACCAAAGAAGUUGAUUUCUUGGGCCUUGAUGACUUUUCCAGCCCUUACCAGGACGAGGAGGUGAUAGGUCGGACGCCUACCCUUGCCCAGCUCAACAGUGAAGACUCACAGCCAGUUUGCGACACUCUUUACCAUCCGGACUUGUUGGUGGGUCAAAAGCAGCUUUUGUUUCCACCUUCCACCAUGGCGAAGAACGCCAACAGACUCAGCAACUCUGCGACCAGCGCCUCGUUGAGUCGCAACCCUCUGGCGGACUUCGCCGAGGGAUCCCAGAAAGCGACCUGUCCUGUUGCCUCCAGCACUGACACGAUGGCCAAGGCCCUGUUUCAGGGCCCGUUCAAAGCUCCACCUGGGACUCCAGACAACAUGGAUUACGUUCGCAAAGCCAAGGUGCGCAUCAGCGUGCCACGCAAGCCUUUAGUCGGUAGCUCUACCCAGCAGGUUAGUGUUUCCACCGUCCCUCAAACCGAGGAGCAGGAGUCGACAGCUUCAAUGGUCUGUGAGGAUACAGCCAUUGCCGCUAACAUCGCAUCCUCCAUUAUCUGUGAGAAGAGCGUUGAGACUCCGAAACGUGAGGUACCACGCAGUCCUGCUGGUCCUGAAGUAGCGACGCUGAGGGCGGUGCCACACAAAGUCCACUUCCCCGCCGCCGCCGGAGGUGAAACCAGCGCCCUCGGAUCCGACACGUCCGCCGCGGACAAAAAGAAGGAGGAAGAGCACAACUACUCGCUGUUCUUAACCAGGGCCAGACUGGCAGCAAAGGCCUCUGUUGACAUGGAAGAAGAGGAGGAGGAAGAGGAGGAGGAGGAGGAAGAAGGUGAAGAAGAGGAAGAGGAGGAAGAGGCUGAAGAGGCAGAAGAGGCAGAGGGACUGGACCUAGAUGAUGAAGACCAUGACGAAGGGUUCGGCAGUGAACACGAGCUCUCAGAGAAUGAAGAGGAAGAGGAGGAGGAGGAAGAUGAGGACUAUGAAGGCGACAAAGAUGACUACGUUAGUGAUGCAUUCUCAGAGCCAGGGUGUGACACCGAUAUGGUUGAUGAUGUCAAAGGCCUGACUGCUGGGAUUUCCAGGAAGAGGGGAAAGCGUCGAUAUUUUUGGGAGUAUAGUGAGCAGCUCAUCCCAUCCAAACAGGAGCGCAUGCUGAAACCCUCCGAAUGGGACAGAGAAACUCUUCCCAGCAACAUGUACCAAAAGAAUGGCCUGCACCAUGGAAAAUACGCAUUGAAAAAAUCACGCCGGACGGAUGUGGAAGAUCUCACUCCAAACCCACGAAAGCUGCUUCAGAUUGGCAAUGAACUCCGGAAGCUCAAUAAAGUUAUAAGUGACCUGACGCCCGUUAGUGAAUUACCACUAACCGCUCGGCCUCGAUCUCGCAAGGAGAAGAACAAGCUCGCAUCCAGGGCCUGCAGGCUGAAGAAAAAAGCUCAGUAUGAAGCCAACAAAGUCAAGUUAUGGGGCCUUGGAACUGAAUACGAUCGUUUGCUGUUUGUGAUCAACGCAAUCAAAGAAGAGAUAGUCAUCAGAGUUCAGGAUAUCUCAAAUGACAAAGAAACAAGCAUGACGGAGAAGUUGGAUAAACUCAUUGAUGAUACCCUAGUGAAGCCACCAGUGGCCAGCCAGACUUCAGACUUCGUGAAUCAGAUCCUGGAGAACACUGGGAAAGGAGAUCCCACCGGAGGGCUGGUGGGGUUGCGUGUGCCCACGUCGAAAGUGUAAACCUCGGAGCACACAUGAAGCCAUCCGCGCCAUUAUUGUCCCACACUGUAUCGGCCCAACACUCUGCAUGUCCAUUUCACUUGGAGACGCACCCUCACAUUUUAAGUGAAUACAUGCAUACGGUACCCGCCUGUCUGUGCAAACGUAUGUAUAUAUUCACCACUUGCACACCAAUGGAAAUGAAACUAUAGUAGUUAAACUUUGCACUCAGUAGUCUGUUUCCUACCAUGUGUGCAUGUGGCUGGUAUCAAUCAACAGGCCGCCAUGUUGCGAUUAUUAAAAGCCAAUAUAUGAGAUACCUCCUACAAUCGAGAAAAAGAGAGAGAAAAAAAGCUAAAUUAGCACCAGUCUUUGCUGUAGCCAUUUUCCUCUUGCAUCCAGCUAAAUCUGUCCAAUGCCCAUAAAGAGUUUUGAAAGAGAAACUACGAAGGCAUUAGCUCCUUUGAUUUAGCGGUCGACGGAAAAAAAAACAAAAAAGGCGUAAACGCAGACUUCCCGAGCUUUCGAACACGGCAUGAACGAUUCCACACCCGAGAUGCCGAGGGAAGCGCCGAAGAACGCAAAAACUGACGUUCGACGAAGAGUAGUGCAACGUUACUGAAGUUCGGUGUACAUAUGUAGGAUAGGGAGGUGAGGAAACGGGCCUCGGACGCCCAUUCCCCACACAUUUGCGAUCGUCUCAGGUUGGAGAGAAAGAGAAAAGAGUGUGUGUUUUUCUUUUUCGUUCUCUUUCUUUGACUUGAGAAGAUGGUCAGUUAAACCCCUUAUUGUAAAUAGGCGGGAUGAUUAAUUAUCCACUGGUGAAACCUUUUCCUUUCUACACUUUGGUUGAAGUGCCCUCGCGUCAAUCCACCCUUGAUUGUUGUUUUGCGAAUUCUCAGCGAAAGGGGCUUACAAAGUUGAUUCCCAGAUUGGGUUUUGUUUAUAUUUGUACUUUAUAUAUAAGUAAGAUUCAUUGUGCCUUGUAAUCGCGGAGUUGAGGAGAGAGCGCAAAUGGACCAUUUUGCCGAGAGCGAGAGCUCUUUGAAGAUACUCUGAAUGUACAUAGGAACAUGGAGAUUAUAUAUGCCACAGAGUCUGUGCUUUGUAUCAAAAGAUGGCUCUGGCAAAAGUCUUUUUUCGGUACUUCGUUUUAAGAGGGGACGGGGGGGUGGGCGCCGGUGUCGUACUAUAAGAAAUAUUCACAUAUAAAAUACAAAAAUGAUGUUUGCACACUAUAUUUUGAUUGUUUUGUUUUUUGUACCAAAGACACAUGCAACUUAAAAUGGCAACUAGCCAGUCUAAGUAAGGUUUUGCACAGCUUUACCUGACACCGUAUUGAAUGUAGGAAAAAUGGUAGGGUCAGGGAUUUCUAAUGAACUGUGAAAUUCGCUUGGGUCCAAUUCUCUGCAGAAAGAAGCGUUCAUUUGCAUCCUCGUUUUGUACAAUUUUGUACUGUUCUUUUUUUUUUUUCUUUCUUUGAAACGCUCCACGAAGAUUCGUUGCGUAUUUGAAAGACGAGCUAUAAAGUUAAUCGAGACGUGCCCGUAGGAAGAUCGCUAUUCUUCCUGUAGUUGUAGAGACACAAAAAUAACACACAAAAGUCUUUGUUUAUAGUUUGUAUACGCAUUAGUCAAUAUUAAGAUGCCUCCUUCUGAACUGAUGAGUGACUCAGCAUGAAACAUUCUUACUCUUGUUGUUUGAGAAAUGUAAUUGCGUAUAUUUUUGUAGAGAUUGCCUUUAUCUUUGCUCUCCUCGCUGGCCACAUUCUGAAAUGUUUUUGAAAGGAAAAUCAGACAAAUCGUUCACACAAUCAGUCACUUGUACGUACUUUUCCGAUUGAAUCUCAUGAUAAAAAGUCCAGGUUAUUUUUAACCCCAAGAAAAAAAAUUUGACUAAAUGAGAAUCGGAGCGGAAAGUUUCGGCCACCGUGAUCUCAAGCUGCUGCAAAUUUGUUCAAAUCUCUUCCAAAGGCCUUUUAAAAGUGACUUUAUGCUGAAGGAUGUUGCUCAAAUAUCAUUUUGAUCAAAGAAGGGAGAAUAUUUUUUCCUUUUAAAAUCUAAACUGGUAGAAAGAGUUUUGUAAAAGCUAUUUUUCUGUAUUUACUUUUGGUAGCAUAGUAAAUAUUCUAUAUACCGUCCAUGAUGUGUUGUAACUUUUUUCUCUUUUUUUUUUUUUUUGUACAUAGAAAGGAAUUUAGAUUUAAUCUAAAUGUGGAAUAUAUAUAUUAUAUUAUAUAUCUAUAAAUCUAUAAAUGUAUAAUAAGUUCUAUAUUACAUGUAAGAAAGCAAAAGCACUUUGUCUAGACUAAAAGCAAAAACAAAACAAGACAAAAAAAAAGCUUUCCCCCUCCCAUUUGCUGCUAAAAAACCGACCUCGUUUGAAUGCUGCGGUGCGUACUUGACUUUUGCCAUCUUGACCAGAGCAGUGUGACGGAGACAGACAUCGGUCGGUGUGCGUCUCGUUGAGCAGUGAGGUCUCGGACGUCACAAUCUUCAUUUGCCUUCAGUAGACAUUUCCUAUGGAAAAAUACAAAUUCUGCUUUGAAUUUUUCUUCAGGUCGAUGUACAGUGUUGACAUUCUCUCUGGCCAGAGAUAGGUAUUGUUGUCAUUGAUUUUUUUUUUUUUUAAGUAAUUUUUUUAAAUACGGAGGGAAAUCUGAGAAAGGAGCUCAGAAAAAUAUAAUAUAUAUAUAUAAUAUCGCUGUACUGUAAGGCAGUUCCAUUUGCCAUGGGGAAUCAAUUGGACUAGUCUUUUAUUUUGUUUUAGUUUAUAUAUUUGACGUUCUCUUUAAGAGCCCAUCUAUUCUCAAAAGAUAGAAAAGCCAUUUGUUAUGGCGAACAAGACUGGCCUUUCUUGUGCCAAGUCAUUAGCUCUAAAUGAUAACGAUUGUCCUGUACAAUGAGCUUGAUGGCAAGUGACAAUGAGCGAACGGAGACGGAGAUGUCGUGCUCCUGCUGGCGGAGAUUGUAGUUUUGCUGUCGCGAGCUCUCGCAUUCGCCGUGAUGUCGUGAGCUGUGCCGUUAGUGUUUUAACCAGGGGACUCUGUGGCAUUCAAACAGGAAAAGGUUGCUAUUUUAAAGCCAGUAUUUUAUAUUUCUUUCUUUUUUCUUUCUUUUUUGUUGUUGCUGAUAAGCUUUUUAUAUAAAGAAAAGAUAUUUAAGGAACACAUACACAUAUACACGCACACAUUUGUAUGUGUUUGUUUUGUUUCAUAGCGUGAUUAACAUUCAUAUGAAUUGUUUAUUUUAUAAUCUUGGGGAAAUUACUUCUGCCUUCAAAAACAGAUAUAUGCAUUGAAUACAUUUAAAAAAACAACAAAAAAAUAAUAAUAAGUCACUGUUUAUACAGCAUUUAAUACGUUUCUUGCAUAGUCAGACAUUUAGCGUCAUAUUAUUUUUUUUUAAAGGGAAAUAAUGUAGCUUUCUGUUUCGAUUUGCGUGAUUUGCUUUAUUUUGCUUGUUUGUUUGUUUUUUGCCGAAUUUUAUUAGAAAUCGACCGUACCGUGAUAUAUUCCUAAUUUAUCCUAAAAAAAAAAGAAGACAAAAAAAGAGUAAGCUAGCUAUUUUCAAUUUGAUUGAUUGAUUGUUUUCAUUGUCUGCAUAUUGUUGAUGAUUCAAUAAUUCUGGACGCAAAGCUGCUAAAUCACGUUGUAAAAUUGUAUAGUGAAUCAUUCCCUGUUACAUUCAAGCUACGAGCAAUGGGUUUUAUAUGAUGACAAUUAUUUAUCAAGAGAUGGAUCUCACGCCACUAUCUUUAUACCGCGGAUUCAUCAAACGCAUUUGGGUAAUUCACAUUGGAUUCUUCUAAAAUGGCUACAGUAUAUACUCAAGAGCAUUCAAACAAGCAUCUACACCUUUCCUUUUCAAUGAUUUGUGUAGAUGUGUUCGCUAUACAUAUAUAUAUAUAUAUAUAAGAAAGAUUACUCCUAUUGGUGCACUAUGCAGGUUUUCCUCUGUAGAAAGACAGGAUGAUGCUUUGUUUACAGCACUUGUAUUUUUUAUUUUUUUUUAACAAUUGUAUCUGAUUCAUGGGUAUUGUGAGUUAGUUAUCGAUGGUGAACAACAUGGUGACUAAGCUGAGAACUAGCAUUUCACGGAAGGCGGCCUGUCUUAUUGUUGCUAAAUAAACAUGCUCUUUCCAAUGUAUUUAACCUAUUGAAUGUUUUGCUUUUUUUGUUGUUGUUGUUUUGCUUUCCUUUUUAAUGGACCUUGAUGAAUCGUUUUACCAUCCUGUGCAUUUUGUUACUCUGUAUCUUGUGUUUUCGUGUGUUCUUCAAAAGUAGACCGACCUUCAGGCUCGCGUAAUAGCGCUUGAAGGUUUAGCGGCAGAACUCGAGCAUGCAUUCCUACAUAUCAUGACUCCGGCUGCUCGUAAAUGUGAUCCCUUUGUUUGCGCAUGCUAACCUUGCUAAAUUGAUAAUAUCCAUGGAGCUUUUGCGAGCGACGGUCUUUGUUGUAACCAAUGAGCACAAAUGGGGAAAAGAAACUCGGACGCUUCACACCUCCAUCGCACUCGGCUCGCGAGCUGAAAAGAGACCCGCAUUGCACUUGGUUUUACAGAAUUUACGAUGUUAUUUUUGAAAUGUUGCCUGCAAAAUCAGGUGCCUUAUUCAGAAACUCCAAACUUGAUCUAUUGACUUUUUUUACGAAAAUGAGAUUUUGCCCAUAAUGCCAAGAAUUAAAUCACAAGAUUCCUCUGAAAUUCUCUCUCUCCUUCUUUUUUUUUGGUUUGUUUUCCUGCUGCGUCUAGCAGUAAGCUUGCUUCAGAGGAGAACUGUUGCUGCUUUGCCCUCUUACAGUUUUCAUUGAAAGAUGAAUGUAGUCUUCCUUCAGUGGAGUCCAGUAAUAUUAAGCGUAAAGACUUUGUCCCGUAUGUUUUGGUUGAGAGACUAUCCAAAGAGUGCUGCAAUCAUAGACUCAUUGUGUUUUGUUUGUUUUUUUAAAUGUUUAUAUCAUAUAAACCAUGUGAGAUUUCUUCCGUUUAGGUUCUGGUGCAAGUUUUAAUUGUCUCUGCCUUUGUUUUGACCUUGUCUUGAUUUGGUAGGAGUUGGUUAAUCCAGUCAUACAUUGUAACUUUUAUACGUUCGACUUGCGUAGUUGGAAGCCCUCGGAGUGGAAGGACAAUGUACAACCUUGUUAUUGUGUCCCCUCACCAAUGCUCAAGAUUAUUGUGCCUCCCGAUUCUUCUGGAUCUUCUGUUCCUCAGAUUGCCGGCUACAACUUGGAGCAGAGUCAUUCACUAACCAACAGAAAUAUGGCCUUCAGCAGUUUGUUCUCCAUUGAACAGAAUCGAGGUUUUCCACAAACACAAAGACGACACAAGCCGAGGUGCGCAUUGCUCGGCCUAGAUCGACCUGUGGUGGAACUCAAAGACGUUGGAGGGCGGGAAGUCUCGGUGGAUAUCUUUCGUUGCGGUCGGGACGCUUUCCUUGCACUCAGUCACUCCCUCAGAGAAAAGUUGAGUCUUCUUUUGGUGGUUUCUGCUGCGUGGCUCCCAAAAGGAGGAAAGAAGCUCUUCGUUUUAUUGGGUUCAAAGAAAUGUGGACAUUGGGUAGGAGUCCUGUCUCGCCACCCAUGGUGCUGAAUUUCAAAAAAGAAGAAAAAAAGAAAAGAAAAAAAGUACUUGAACACCCUCGGGGCUAUGACUUGGCAUGUGUGGUCAGGUCCGUGAACUCUUCUCCAUCCCCGAUCUUACGCUAAAAACCGUUCCGAAAUAAAGUUGCUCUUACGACAUCUGCUCAAGCCACUGCAACAGCUGUGCCAAGACCUGACCCCAUACUGGGCGCUCAUAUUGGACUUGGACCGAACCAGUGGUCGAGCGGGAAAAGGGCCGUGAUAAUGUAGCGGUGAUAGCUAAUUUUGAUUGUUUGUUUGUUUGUUUGUUUCUGUUGAGGAAGACACGGAGAGCUAGUAGGGUCACUUGGACCGUACGGCCCAGAUCCCUCGCACUGACGUGCACCGGACACACUCGAAUCCCUAAUGGACUCUAAAACCAACGUUACCAAAAAGGUCAAUGACGAAUGCUCGCACCUGACUUUUCUACGCAAUUAAGCUGCAGUGAUUUACAUUCCCUUCCGACCUUUGCCAAAUUUGCAUCAAAGUACUAAAUUGACCUUCAACAUUGGAAGCGGGUUUGCGAAAACUUAGCCAGGGCCACCAAAAGCUUUUUUAUUUAGAUAGCUUUCGUUUCUUUAGUUCUGAAAAUCCAUACAACAUUCAAUUUAACAACGACUGACAUGAAGUGUCAGUUCUUUGAGAAAGAACGAAGAUAAAAAAUAAAUAAAACACAAUACGUGAACUUGUGCUUCUAAUGUUGUAUGGUAUUCUACUUGAUAAUUUAGCAUGGGAUCUUUAAGUAGCUAGUAUUGUGUGUGUACUCCCCAAGUGUAAUAUCUCUUUCUCCUUUUUUUUUUUUUUUUGUUAGAUUUUUUCUGUUUUGUUUGUUUGAUCCAGUCAUAGUAGGAAGGCUGUAUUUCAUUGCUAAGUGCUCUGUCAUAGAUCUCUUGGUGAUAUUCAAAAGCAAAUCUUCGCAGAAGUGUAUCCUACUGAAACUAACAGUUACUUGAUCCUAUUAGCAAUGUCUAUAUUUGUAGUUCACAUAUAUGCCUGUUCAAAUUCAAUAUCUUGACAGUUGUUCUAUUUAUGUUUCAGUGUUGUGCUGGGUUUUGACCUUUUCUUUGACUUUUGUUUCUUUUGUUUUUUUCGGCACAACUAGUUGGAGAACAGCUUGGUUUAUCGAGCCUUGUUAGUGUACAGACGUGAAGUAGGCUUAUAAGCAGUUGUGAUUGAUCUUCAAAAUGUGUCUGUUUGUGUUCUUGUGCCUCUUAUUAUUUGAUUUAAAUUUUUUGUAUUAUCCUUAAUUGUCACUGCAUUGUAUCAGCCCGGAGUUGGUACCACAAUUCUGCUUGUAACCAUGAUAGUCUAAUUCUAUUACUGAUUUUACUAUCAAAAAUAAACAUUAGAAACUGCAGCA